AUGGAAGGAACCGCAUGCAUGAUGCGCAGUCUGCUGAACCAUCUCGACAGUAGCCGGCAACACCUCGGCCGAGGGGUCCCACAAGGUUGCACGCUGUCCCCAACAUUGUUCCAGGUGUUCAUCAACGAUCUGUUGGAAGUCGUAGAGGCAGUCCGGAAGGGAGUAAAAGUAGGGGACACGGAAACGUCGGUUUCAGGAAUGCUGUUUGCGGAUGAUUUUGUCGGUAUGUCGGACACCCCUGAGGGACUGCAACUGCAAAUUGACGCGGCGAAGAAGUUUACUGAUAAGUGGAGAUUGUCUGCCAACGUUCAGAAGAGUGCCGUCAUGGUAUGCAACGAGAACAAGGAGGAACCAGUAGAACAUAGAUGGAAGUGGGGGAUCGAGGAGAUUGCAGUAGUGGACCAGUACACAUACCUUGGAGUAGAGAUCGCAAAAGACUGCUCGUGGAAUGCACACAUGUCCAAGGUAGCGGAAAAGGGCAAAUCACGAGCAGGGAAGCUGCA